GUGCGGCAGGAAACCACAGUCAAUUGGGAAUUAAAAUUUUAGUUGCUCUCUUAACUUUUCACGACGGUUCUCAUCAUCUCCAGUUCGCAAAUAUUGUGGUCAACAGGUGACACUAGUUGACACAUUUGUUUUCUUUGUUUUAACAUUGAAAAAAGUCAAGCGUGGUUCAACUGUAAUGCGUGUUGGGGUUUAUGUGCAUCUCUCCUCUUGUCUGAACUUCAACUUCAACUUCAUCUACGACAGGUGUCACUUGUCGCUUCGAGAGUUCUUAUCCAAAGUAUAAGAGGUCUACUUGACAGUUACAAAGUAUUCACGCGACAACCUCGCCAUGUCCUCCGGUGAUGCCUCGGAGCAGAGUCGACGGUUCUGUGUGUUGUCGUGGGAGCAGGUGCAGCGACUGGACUCCAUCCUCGGGGAGAGCGUGCCAAUCCACGGACGUGGAAACUUCCCCACGCUCUCCGUGCAGCCCAGGCAGAUCGUCCAGGUAGUCCGGGCGCGACUGGAAGAACGGGGUGUCGUUGUCCGUGACGUGAAGCUGAAUGGGUCAGCGGCGAGCCAUGUCCUCCACCAGGACACCGGCCUGGGCUACAAGGACCUGGACCUGAUCUUCGGCCUGAGUCUGACCGACGACAAGACCUUCCGCCUGGUCAAGGACGUGGUGCUGGACAGCCUCCUGGACUUCCUGCCGCACGGCGUGAGCCGCGACCGCAUCACGCCACUCACCCUCAAGGAGGCGUACGUUCAGAAGAUGGUGAAGGUGUGCAACGACACUGACCGCUGGAGCCUGAUCUCGCUGUCCAACAACACUGGCAAGAACGUGGAGCUCAAGUUCGUGGACUCUCUGCGGCGGCAGUUCGAGUUCAGCGUGGACUCCUUCCACAUCGCGCUGGACUCACUGCUGCUCUUCGACCGCUGCUCCGAGACGGCCAUGUCUGAGAGCUUCCACCCGACCGUGCUCGGCGAGAGCAUGUACGGCGACUUCGAGGAGGCGCUGGGCCACCUGCGCGGCAAGACCAUCGCCACGCGCAGCCCCGAGGAGAUCCGCGGUGGCGGCCUGCUCAAGUACUGCCACCUGCUGGUGCGUGGCUUCCGGCCGGCGUCUGAGACGCAGAUGAAGACCCUCCAGCGCUACAUGUGCUCGCGCUUCUUCAUCGACUUCCCCGACAUCGGCGAGCAGCAGCGCAAGCUGGAGGCCUACCUGCAGAACCACUUUGUGGGCAUGGAGCACAAGCGCUACGAGUGCCUGGUCAUGCUGCGGCGCGUGGUGGACGAGAGCACCGUGUGCCUGAUGGGCCUGGCCUGGCGCCAGGCAGGGCUCAUCUCGGCGCUGGCUCGCGGCGCUGGCGAGCAAGCGCCAUCAGCCGUGCCCAGCAUCACCUGCUACUACCAGCCGGCGCCCUACGUGCGGGACGUCAACUUCAGCAACUACUACGUGGCCCACGUGCACUCGCCCAUGCAUCACUGCAGCAGCAGCUACCAGACAUGGCUGCCCUGCAGCUGAGCAGACGGACUACGGACACGGGAGGGAGAGAGAGAGAGAGGGAGAAGAAAAUGACAGAACGGAGAGAGAGAAAAUACAGAAAAAAAGGGACAGACAGGAAGUGUGUGCUUGUAUGUGAGUGUGUGUGUG